AUGCUGCUCUUCUUUAUUGUGGGAUUGCUCGUUCAUUUUGUGUUCUUCGCCUCCAUCUUUGACAUUUACUUUACAUCUCCUUUGGUUCAUGGGAUGGCUCCUCAGUUUACGCCAUUGCCUCCUCCAGCAAGGAGACUAGUGCUCAUUGUUGCUGAUGGGCUGCGGGCAGAUGCACUUUAUGAAUUGGAUGAAAAGGGAAAUUCUAGAGCACCAUUUAUUAGGAAUAUCAUAAUGCACGAAGGCAGCUGGGGGAUAUCGCAUACCCGCGUGCCAACUGAAUCUCGGCCGGGUCAUGUAGCCCUGAUAGCUGGGUUUUAUGAAGAUGUUAGUGCAGUUGCCAAAGGAUGGAAGGAAAACCCUGUGGAAUUUGAUUCUCUUUUCAAUCAAAGCAAGUACACAUGGAGCUGGGGAAGUCCAGAUAUCUUGAAUAUGUUUGCCAAAGAUGCUUCAGGAAACCAUGUUUUUACAUAUUGUUAUGAUGCUGACAUUGAGGAUUUUGGUGCCAAGGAUGCAACAAAACUGGAUACGUGGGUCUUUGAUAACAUUAAAGAAUUCUUUCAUGCUGCCAGAAACAACCAAUCUUUGUUUUCUAAACUAAAUGAAGAUAAAGUAGUUUUUUUCUUACAUCUAUUAGGAAUAGAUACAAAUGGACAUGCUCAUCGACCCACAUCAAGGGAAUAUAAGGACAAUAUUAAACUAGUUGACAAGGGAAUUAAAGAAAUUGUGUCCCUGCUUAAAGAGUUUUAUGGAAAUGAUGAGAAAACGGCAUUUGUCUUUACCUCUGACCAUGGAAUGACAGACUGGGGUUUCCAUGGGGCUGGUCACCAUUCAGAGACCUUUACUCCUUUCGUUGCUUGGGGAGCUGGAAUCAAGUAUCCCCAAAAAGCAUCAGAUCAACAGUUUAAUGAUGAGCUUUUGAAAGGAUGGAAAUUGGAGUACUGGAAGAGGCAAGAUAUCAAUCAGGCUGAUAUUGCACCAUUAAUGGCUUCUCUUAUUGGAGUUCCUUUUCCCCUCAAUUCAGUGGGAAUCCUUCCUGUGAAUUAUCUUAACAACACUGAUGUCUUCAAAGCAGAGAGCAUGUAUACAAAUGCAAAACAGAUUCUUGAACAGUUCAAGGUAAAAAUGACUCAGAAAAAAGAAGUUACUUUACCAUUUUUGUUUACACCAUUUAAUUUGCUUUCUGAUUAUAAACAGCUUGACAUUUUAAGAAAAGUGAGAUCUUAUAUAAAACAGGAAAAUUAUGAUGAAGCAGUCAUCCUUUGCAUGGAGCUGAUUCAUCUCUCAUUGGAAGGAUUGUCCUAUUAUCACACUUAUGACAGAUUCUUUUUGGGCAUCAGUGUUCUGCUUGGAUUUGUGGGAUGGGCAUCUUAUGUUUCUUUGUUGAUUAUCAAGACUCAUUCCAGUCUUACCAGAAGUGUUAAUAAAGAAGUUAAGAAACCAAGCCAUCUCCUGCUGUGUAGUUUUAUGGCUAUUGGCAUUUUAAUGACAUUUUUCCUGCUGAUUCAAGCCUGUCCCUGGACUUAUUAUGUAUAUUGCUUGUUGCCAGUGCCUAUAUGGUAUGCGGUUCUAAAGGAAUAUCAAGUUAUUCAAGACCUUGUCACAUCACUGUGUACCUUCCCUCCUCGUCAUUUUGUUGGAUCCCUGUUAGCCUUUGCCCUGGGAAUUGAAGUAUUAGUUCUCAGUUUUUUCUACCGCUAUAUGCUUACUGCUGGACUUAUUGUAUUUGCGGGUUGGCCAUUUACCACUCAGCUAUGGACGCGAGCAAAGAACAUCUCAAUGAGUUGGAUUUUCUUCUGUUUGCUCCUGGCAGUGUUCCCUCUGAUGCCUGUGGUAGGACGAAAGCCAGAUAUCUUUCUAGUAAUGUGUGCAGGCCUGCUGGUCCUUCUGCUGUCCUUGUUUGUUGUAACAUCUCUCAUAAAGACAAAAGAUAGUUUUUUAAAUGACCAGCUAUUGUUACACCUAUUCCAGAUGCUGAGCACAGUGCUUUCCAUGUGGGCUGUGUAUAGCACACAUAAUAGCCUACUUAAGAAACAAGGACUUCCUCUUACUAAUCAGGUGGUUAGCUGGAUAAUAUUAGCCACCUCCUUCGUGGUGCCCCUGCUGAGUCCCAGGAACCUCUUGGAGCGAUUGUUUAGCAUACUUGUCUCCUCGAUGUCAACAUAUCUCCUCCUAAGCACAGGGUAUGAGGCUCUCUUCCCAUUAGUGUUGUCAUGUUUGAUGUUUGUCUGGAUCCAUAUAGAACAAGAAACCCUGCAACAAUCUGGUGUUUCCUGGAAACAGAAGGUCACCAGUAUCUAUUUCUCCUACAACACUGAUAUAACCCAGUUUCGACAGCUCUGUAUGGAUGACAUCCGUAGGGCCUAUUUCCUUGUUUUCUUCUUAGUGAUAGCAUUUUUUGGAACUGGGAAUAUAGCUUCUAUUAACAGCUUUGAUCUUGCCUCUGUCUACUGCUUUCUGACUGUGUUUAGUCCAUUUAUGAUGGGAGCCCUGAUGUUGUGGAAGAUUUUUAUCCCCUUUGUUCUGGUGAUGUGUGCUUUUGAAGCCGUUCAAUUAACUACCCAGUUAUCAUCAAAAAGUCUUUUUCUCAUGGUUCUCGUCAUAUCAGACAUUAUGGCUUUGCAUUUUUUCUUCUUGGUAAAGGAUUAUGGCAGCUGGCUUGAUAUUGGAACAAGCAUCAGCCACUAUGUGAUUGUCAUGUGCCUGAGCAUCGUUCUGGUGUUUCUCAACGGCCUGGCCCAGCUGCUCACCACAAAGAAACUCAGAGUGUAUGGCCAACCUAAAAGCCAUCUCAUAUGA